CGUUUCAAUACCGCCUCGCUCUCUGCAUCUUAGCAGGGGGUUUCCUAGACUAUAUAACCCUUGCCAAUUCCUCGAUUGCCUUCGAGUCCUCCAUCAGGCACCAUGGCUUCCUUCCAGAAAGCUGUCAUCUCGCUCUUGUUGAUCCUCUCGAUCACUUUUGUCUUCUUCGUCCAGACUACUGAGGCUGCCAAAAGCCCCAAGAUCACCAACAAGGUUUUCUUUGACAUUGAGCAUGGCGAUGAGAAACUAGGCCGCGUUGUCAUUGGCCUUUACGGCAAGACUGUACCCAAGACCACCGAGAACUUCCGCGCUUUGGCUACUGGUGAGAAGGGCUUCGGUUAUGAGGGCUCUACUUUCCACCGCGUUAUCAAGGACUUCAUGAUUCAAGGUGGUGACUUCACCAAGGGCGAUGGAACCGGCGGCAAGUCUAUCUACGGCGAAAAGUUCCCCGACGAAAACUUCAAGCUCAAGCACACCCGCAAGGGUCUUCUCAGCAUGGCAAACGCGGGCAAGGACACAAAUGGAAGUCAGUUCUUCAUCACUACCGCCAUCACCAGCUGGCUCGAUGGCCGCCACGUCGUCUUUGGACAAGUGCUUGAGGGAUACGACAUUGUGGAGAAGAUCGAGAAUGUCCAGAAGGCUCCGGGAGACAAACCUGUCAAGACUGUCAAGAUUGCCAAGAGCGGCGAGCUCAAGGUACCAGCGGAAGGUAUUCACGAGGAACUCUAGACAUCAAUUUAUAUGGCGAUGCAGAACCCGCCGAUCCUAGCGACAG